ACUCUCAAAACGGUUGUGUGUGGUCAAAAAACAGACCCAAAAUAUAAUGCUGCAAAUAAAUCAAGACAGACCCAAUAUGGCUAACCAAUCCAUAGGAUACGCCCUUAAACGCAGAAAAGAUCGAUUUGUGGUGGAGCCAAUCGUGGGAAUCGUGAAUCCAGCUUACGAACCCGAUCUGGGUGGAGAUAUAUCCUCAACGAGUGAAUAUCAUCAAAAAUGGCGAGUAUUGAUUGAUACAUAAUAUACAGCGCAGUUUAAGGCAUGAGCAAGUCUAAAGAUUAUGUGGCUACUUAUUGCAGCCCAAGU